AUGGCCGAGCUAAUAACCGUCUACAAGAGAAUGGGCAAAUAUAAGGAUCAUGACCGACGUAUUGCCAACCAGCGAACCACCCAUUUAUAUCGUAUACUAAUUGGUCCCAUAGCCAAACUUCUUACACGCCGGAGAUCAUGUUCAUCUUGGCCCAGGGGCGAGUUACCCUAUAACCCUCUUAUGAAAGGUGUUUCUGACUUGUCGACACCAGGUUACGGGAACGCGAGUCACGAAUCCUGCGAUCGAUCUCCACGAUAUACCACCUGUUCACUUGAUUCUUCUUUCACACUAUCAUGCGUAUGGUGUCACUCUCAAGCCUACGAUGCUUUUUUUUUUUGGGGUUGUCUAUGCUGA